UGCAGCAAGUGACAUUUCGCGAUUGUCGUGGUAGUGUACGUCUGUUUUGUGUUUGUGUGUACUUUAAAGAGUUAAAUAAUGGUGUUAUCAGAAGAUUACGAUAAUCAUUUGUAUAAAAAAUAUCAAGAAUUAUGUAACAAGCUCAAUCUGGAUGUGGGCACUACUAAUCAAGCAUGGGAAAGCUUCCAAUCUAUCCUUUCAAAUUACACAUUAGAAGGUGAUCCCCUGCAUUGGUUAGGAUGUUCUAUUUUUGUGGCUUGCCGUAGAACUACGACAUUAACUGUGGGGCGUACCGUAGUAGAAGGAAAUUGUGUGAGUCUUACUAGCCUACUAAGGUAUUGCAAUUUGAGCCUGACACAGUUUUUUAAUAAAAUAACAAAAUGGGCUGACAUGGCCAACAUGCCUGACGAAUUUAAACAGAAAAUACAAAGAUUAGAAGGCAAUUUUGCCGUGUCUUAUAACAUCUUUAAAAUGUUUGCUCCUAUUUUUAACGAAAUAUUUAAAAAUCCGACAGAUAUAGAACAGACAAAACAUAGGAAUAGAAAACAAAGGGCCACACCCUGUACCUCAUCCAAAGUGUUUGAGUUUUGUUGGAUUUUAUUCACUACAGUAAAAGGGGAAGAUCCCACAUACAGUGAAGACUUGGUUAUUUCAUACCACUUGUUGUUAGCUUGUUGUGAUCUUGCUUUUACAAAUGCUUUUCUAGAAGACCGGCGUGAUCUCUUAAAUCCCAAUUUUGUGGGUCUUCCCCCCAAUUGGAACCUUCCAAAUUAUACUCCUCCAGUGGAAGCUCAUUCUAUAAUUGAUGUCAUAUGCAACAAACACACUGGCAUUGCAACUCAGGCAAAAUAUGAUAGAGAGUACAGCUGGAAAAAACACAUCAGGCAAAUGUUUGAAAAGGGAAUAUUACAUGGAAAUGCUGAAACAUUUACUGGUUUGUUUGAUCCUCAAAACUUUGAUGCAAAUUUAAAGAAUGUAACUAGAGCAUACGAAACACUGCUUCUUAAUAAAGGAGACUUUGAUGAGAGGAUAUUCCUAGCAGAUUACAGACGUAGAUUAUUACUGAAAGAGCAAGCUGUUAGUUCUUCUUUGUCAGAGAACGAAUUAGGUACUGUCAGUGCAACUGAUUCCCCUUUGGAAGCAGCAAAUGAAAAUAAUUCUACUGCAACCACACCACUAAAGAAGUCUCUAGGAGGUCGAAAUUUAAGUGAAGUAACUCCAUUAACUGCAGCAAUUCAAAGUGUUUCUAAGCUUCAAGCAAUGUUGAAAGGUAGACCUCCUGUUCCAAGUGAAACUCUCAUUAAAAUUUUUAAAAGUUGUGCUAAUGAUCCCAUGGAAAAAAUUCAAAAUGUUAUUGAAAAGAUUAGUGAGAAGUUUAGAAAAGAAAGCAAUAGCUUACCAAAUACUCAAUCUGACUAUGCAAGUCAAAGAUUAAAAACUGCAAUAGUGUUGUUUUAUAAAUUUAUUGAAGGUAUUUUUCAAAGAGAAAGAAAUUCUCAUAAUGACAUAUCACACCUAGCAGAACUAGAUAUUUUUUAUGAAUGUACAUUGGCUUGCAGCCUAGAAAUCAUUAUUUAUUCUUACAAUUGUCAAAAGAAGUUUCCAUGGAUCUUGCAAGCUCUUGAUAUUCAGCCGUUCGAUUUCGUGAGAGUCAUAGAAUUGAUUGUUAGAUCUCAAGAUCAAAUGCCAAGGGAUGCUGUGAAGCACCUUAAUAUGGUGGAACAAACAAUUAUUGAGUCACUCAUCUGGAAAAGUGAGAGUCCAAUAUGGGAAGCAAUUAAGAAAUCUGGUGAUGAUUUUCCAAAAUUCGAAGAGACUGCCCUUCCUGGCAAUCUUAUUUAUACUGAUCAAAAAUCGUCAGUAAACUCAUCUACAGGACUGACUCGCUUCCCUAUGUCCCCAAAUCUAAUGCAGUCUCCUAAUGCAUCUGCUAUAGACAGAUUCCAGUCGCCCAUUCAAGGAUCUCAAGUCAAAAAGCAGCUUUUUGCUAGCAACCCUAUCAGGCCAGGACAAUCUCUUCUUCAAAGUUCAAAAUCCAUUUUAAGUUCAAACCAAAACUCAGAUAACUUAAAUGAUCUUCCCGCUGGAACCCCAUCAAAACCCAAACGUACAGGUAGCUUAUCGAUAAUCCUCAGGAAAUUUUAUAAUUUGGCAGGUUCAAGACUUCAACAUUUGUGCGAAUUGCUAGAAUUCACAGACAUCGAAUUCCACCGUAUGAUUUGGACAGUAUUUGAACAUUCGAUUCGCGAACAUACAUAUUUGAUGAAAGACAGGCAUCUUGAUCAGUUACUCAUGUGUGCCGUUUAUGUGGUUUGUAAAGUUACUGAGAAUGUUGAGAAAGGAUUUACCGAAAUAAUGAGGUGUUAUCGAAAACAGCCUCAGGCCGACAGUGAUAUUUAUAGAAAUGUUUUAAUAAGCAGAGAAGUGGCUCCAGACGGCACAGUCCAGUCAGAGCUAGGUGAUUUAAUUCUAUUUUAUAACAGCGUUUAUGUAAAAGCAAUGAGAAGUUUUGCGCUUCAGUUUUCCACUUUAAGCCAGGAUAUCAUGCUUAGUCCUUUGCCGGUUCUAUCGAACCAGAAACUGACCAGUUCUCGUUGUCAAGUGACUAAUAACAUCUGUAUCAAACCAUACGAAGGAUCUUCAGAUGAGUCUGGUAACUUAGGGAAUAGUUUAGAGUAUCACUUUAGUCGAAGUCCUUCCAAAGAUCUUGAAAAAAUUAACAGUGCAAUCAGCAAAGGAGUAAUAGGUAAACGACUAUUGAGCGAUGAGAAUGGCGAUAUAUCAAAUAAGAAGUUCAAUAGGAAAAUGCAAUCGCUAAUGGAAGAAAGACGCUCUCAUUUGAAAGAGUAAAAAAAAAGAGAAAACCAUUUUCCAUUCAUUUUAUUUUAGUGGAUUUUGUCGUAAAAAUCAUUGUCGUAGAAAUCUCGGUGAUAGUGUUUAUAUUUUAUGUUGUAUUAAGUGUUAGCAAUUUUUGUAAGGAAACUUUUAUAUGAUAAAUUAACACAUUAUACGGUAUACGUACCGUAUACUUAGUUUUAUUACAUUAUUAAGUUAAUACCAUUUACUUGUACGUUCAUAACUUACGAUUAAAGCUUGCCCUUUAAUAUAAUAAAGGAAAAUUAAUUGACAA